UUAGCCAUGGUGUUGUCAGAUUGUUUUAGAUUUAAGAGUUUGACUGUCCCUUUCGUAUCUUACUUCCCUCUUUUCUAUGGACCCAUUCUUGUUUUUAUAUAACAAGAGAUGUGGUAUGAUUUCCAAAGGUCAAAUAAAGAAAAUUAUACCAGAUAGUUAGAUAUAAAGGCUUAAAAAAAACUUAUGAAAAAAUAAAUAUGAUGCAUAUGAACAAUGAUGAACCAACAACAACUGAACUACAGACUGCUCACUAUCACUGCUCACAGGCACAUAAAGAAUGUAGCUGGGCUUAAAUAUGUGUAAGAGAUAUAGCCUCCCAUAAACUGACUUACCAGUUAUGAUGAAAUUGCUUUCUUUACUUUUCCAGAAGAUGACACAGGAUCGAGUGAUGGACACAGCAUUGACCAUGAAUUUCCAAGGGAGAUAAAUUACACUGAAACAGAAGAGGACGCUAUAAAUUUGGAUGAAGCUCAAAGUGGACCUGAAGAAAUAAUAACAGAAAGACAGAAUAGAAGAUGCCCUGAUAUAAAGUUGAGCAAUACACAUGAAGAUGACACAGGAUCGAGUGAUGGACACAGCAUUGUACAUAAAUUUCCAAGGGAGAUAAAUUGCACUGAAACAGAAGAGGACGCUAUAAAUUUGGAUGAAGCUCAAAGUGGACCUGGAGAAAUAAUAACAGAAAGACAGAAUAGUAGACAAGAUAGAUGCCCUGAUAUGAAGUUGAGCAAUGCACAUGAAGAUGACACAGGAUCGAGUGAUGGACACAGCAUUGACCAUGAAUUUCCAAGGGAGAUAAAUUGCACUGAAACAGAAAAGGACGCUAUAAAUUAUACCCAGCUGCAAGAAAAAAAUAACAUUCAGAUUAAAGAAAAAUAUAAGAUAUUUGUACAGGACGAGAAAUCAAGAAAAACUAGAAAUUGUCGAGGCAGCAAGAGAAAACUGAUAAAAUUAAAUGUUGAUGUAUCUGACAAGGAGAAUACUAGUUUACCAAGGAAAAGAACUUGUUUGACAGUUGAAAAAGUGAAAAGAAAAUUAUUUGUGGAGAAUGAAACAGCAAGACAACAUGGGCUAUCUAUACAGAAUGUGCAGAAAUUACAAAAUGUUAACAAGAUGGAAAGAAUGCUGUCUUAUGUGCAGUCUGUAAGGUUGUCUAGAGAAAAAAGAAGAAUGACAGAACUGGACAAAAUUAAAAUGUUGCUAGGCGAAAUAUCUGAUGUAAAGCUAUACAUUGAAGCAAAGGAAAAAUGUGAGCGGUGUCCUGAUAAUACCUCAAUACAGGCGAAAAUGGAACAACACUAUAUUAAAUUACAAACAGUGGUUAGCAAGAAUCACAAUGAGAUCAGAGCCAAACUUGCUAUAUCUCCUAACAAUAAAUCCCUUCUGUUUAAAAAAAAAUUAGCAGAAACACUGAUGGACAAGUGGGGAUAUUUUUAUUGAUUUGAUCUAUUUAAAACAUGAUAAACUUAUAUUAAAAGCACUAGUAUGAAUUUGAGUGGACAAUGAAUUAAUUAUAGGAAAAUCCAGAGACAUGCAGG